AUGGGACCGUUCAACGUUGUUCUCGGGUGUCUACUUGGUAGUAUUCUCGGGUUUGCAACUUUAUCUUUUCUUGGCUUCAUAACCAGUGUGAUGAUCAGACGGAAGCCCCGCGAUCCAGAAAAAGAGCCGUACUAUUGGAAAAAAGAGCUUCCUGCUCGACCAACUACGACGCAGGUCAGGGGGCCACCUCGGAUUCCGGCUGCAAACCCAAGGAGGAUCCCCAUUCAGCAGCCCAUCCCCCACCACCAACAGCAAUAUAUUCCGGACCAUAUACAACUACCUCCGCUCUUGCACACGAUUGACCCCCCGCGUCCCAGCCGGCCUUCCUCGGCCCAGCAAACCUUGAACGGACUGCCAAGGUCGGUGGCCCAACGCAUCUCAACACAAAUAGAUGGUAAGAUGGGCAUUUCUGUCAACAGAGGAACUAUAAUAACAUCGAGACCCUCAAUUGAAUCCCCUAGGCCUGCACCGCCAAUCCCACCAGCGGCCCGGCCCUACACCAAACCCCCUUUGGAGCAUACUCGUCAUGUGUCUCAACCGAGUUUGCACCCCCCGCGGGCUCCAAGUCUUCACCCAACAGUUUCAGGUCAACCUUCGCUAGAUCCAGAUACAUUGCCUCACACGUUGUUGCUCGAUAGUCGGCCCCAUGAGCUACCAGAGACACACGAGCCCCAUCGACGCUCACAAAUUUCUCGUUUGUUUUCCCUAUUCCAGCGACAUCAUAGCUCAAAAUUUCCUAAUAAAUCCGGUGAGCGACUAGAACCACAUUCAUCCAAGUCCAAUUCCGACGAUAGUCUGCUAGCAGCGCCAAAGUUUACACCACCCCCGCAACUGCCACAAUUUUCGCCCUUGGAUCUGAAGGGCCUAGACGUCAACUUUUCUAAUUUCCAACUGAGUGAGCCAGACCCAAUUAGUGGGCCAGUGCAGCCAGCUCCAGAAGUUUGGAAGCCAGAAGGAACAGAAGCAGCUCCCGCGCCUCUUGUGACUCGCUCCACGGAAUAUACCAACACACACGAGUCCGAUUUCGACUUUUUGAAUUCGAGCGAAAAACGUGGCUCUGAACGAUGGUCUACCGCGAGCUCAAGGUUUUCGGGACAGAGGGUUGUCUUGAGUGCUACUCUGGAAAACUUGCGAGAGCAGUAUCUGGGCUCUGGCCUCAACUUGUCAUACCACUCAAAGGCCGAAUACGAACGUUUGGCGGGAAUAGUAACUGGAUCUAACGAGGAUUUGGCUCUCAGUGACUCCGAAAUAACAGCUUCAACACUCGAUUCAAGUAGCACGUUGCGAUUGGCACCCCCACUGCAGAUACCCUCAGAUCCAUCGUCACCAGUAUCAAUAGGAACACCUGGAGCCUACGAUAUUCGCCCACUCAGCAUAUCUAAAGUGAGCCAGCUUUGA